GUCACGUCAAGCAGAGCUGAUCCACAGACAUUUCAUUCAAUAUUUUGUUUGUUUCGUUAUUAAAUUGGUAUAGACCCUAGAGAUUGUCCAAAUAUGUCUUCAUCGGCUCCAGCAACACUCGGGGGCUCGUUAAAGGGGAAAGUUGCCUUAAUUACAGGAGCCAGCUCUGGAAUUGGAGCAGAAACAGCCCGAUAUUUUGCUUCGCUUGGAUGUCAGCUUGCUCUAACCGGAAGGAACAUGGAUGCUUUACAAGCAGUCACUGAUGAAUGUGUAAGCAGAGGACUUGGAAGAGAUCAGAUUUUGAUGAUCCAGGCAAGUUUUGAUCAGGAAGCAGAUGUGAAGAAAACUGCAGAGCAAACAAUCCAGAAAUUCAACCAACUUGAUGUUCUGGUUAACAAUGCAGGAAUUGUUGCCCCAGAUUCAGUCGAGACUGAGAGCGUAUUAGAGAAUUUCGAUAAGACCUUUGCAGUGAAUGUCCGCGCAUGUCUUCAGCUGACUAAACUCAUGUCACCAUACUUAAUCAAAACUAAAGGCACCAUAGUUAAUGUAUCCAGUGUAAAUGGUGUCAGGGCUAUGCGUGGAGUUUUAACAUACUGCAUGUCUAAGACGGCCCUUGACCAUAUGACAAGAUGUAUUGCCGAAGAAUUAGCACCUCAUGGAGUAAGAGUCAAUGCAGUCAAUCCUGGUGUAAUUCAAACGCAGAUCCAUAGACGAGGAGGAAUGUCAGAUGAGCGAUAUCAACAGUUCAUGGAUCAUUCCAAGACAACGCAUGCCAUGCGUAGGACAGGAACAGUUGAUGAAGUCUCAAAGCUUAUCGCAUUCCUGGCAUCCAGUGACUCGUCCUUCACAACAGGAGAAACAAUCACCAUUGAUGGAGGGCGCCAUCUCUUGACUAUCCCUGUUCAGAGUUGAAACUCCAUUCUAGCUUUCAAUGUCAUACCAGUAAAACUGGAACUUUGCCAUAUUCACUAUCAUUAUUAUUCUAUCAUGUUUUCUCUGCCUUUCUUUUUUUUUUGGGGGGGGGGAGGUGGUGAUGGGAGGUCAUUGCAGGGGCAAUAGACUUUAUUUUUUGUACCAGAAGUAUUCUUACAUGUUUAUGAUGUUUUAAGCAGCUAUAGGGUAACGGGUUUUUCUUAGCAAUAUAUAUUUUUCAACUGAUUUUCAGGAUGGAUUUUUUUUGUUCAAUAUACCCAAUUCUGCAUGAAGAUGGAACAAAUUCAAAUGACUUAUUUUGAAAGGGAAAUGAUCAAGCAUCCUCUUCAAAGGAUUAGUUGAGAAAAAAGAAAUUGUGUAGUUUAAUGCUAAUUGUUGUUGAUAUACAGGAACAGGCUCUCUCAAAACAAAGAACCACCCCCCCACACACACAAAAAAAAGACUUAAAAUCCAUUCUCUUCUAGUAACAUGCUUUCAUCAAGCAGAUUUUGAUAUUUUUUGCUGUGAGAGUAGCGAGUGAAAGUUUGCCAGACAAAACCAUACCGGGUACUUUUGUUUGAGGGGGGGGUUCUACAUGUAUGUACUGGGAGUGUUGUCAUAAUGAAAUGCAACAUUGGCUACUUGAUAUACUAUUAAUUUAGCAAUCACUUCAAUUACUUUGAAUAUUGUUGAGUUACAUGGAAUGGUUGUAAGUAGAUUAACUCGCUUGUGGUUCAUGAAGCUGUUCGUAAGUAAUGAAAAACUUCACGCACAAUGGGUCAGAUGCAUAAAAAGUAGCAAUUGCUUUUGCUAGACUUUGGCUUGAUUCCCUAUGCAUAAAAAUGACCAAGCAAAUGCUUUUGCUAGUAAGCUUAAGCAAUUGCUAACUGACUGCUAGCAUUUCCUUGACAAUCAAAUUAUUGCUAAUAAGUGUAUGCAUAGAGCGAACAUUUCUUCACUUGUGCAUUAAAGCUCUUGCUUGGGCUUUUUCAAGCUCCAUCACAGCAGCUUGAGUGUUUGCUUCAUCAGGGCAUUCACGGUUUUUAAUCAUGUUUAUUCAUCUGAGAGAGAACCCCAAGUGCAAAUCAAAUGCCAAAUUCAAAUUUAUUAAACAGAAAUAAGUUAGUUUGACAUGUCUGUGGAAAAGAUGUUACGGGAAAGAAGCAGUUAUUUGCACUGCCACACCUUUGCGUUUGAGUCCUGCCUUUUCUGUGAGUCGUGUGCGUAUCAGCUUGACAUCGCUAUUGUUCAAACAACCAGCAAUUGCAUUCUUAAGGAAGGGAAGGGUUCAAGCACUGGCAAAGGAUUAUGUAUAUGAAAAAAAGCAAUUGCUUGCCAGCAAAUGCUACUUUUUAUGCAUCUGACCCAAUAACACGCAUAACAGGUAAGUCCAUUCUUGGGUGCUAAUCAGAUUAACAUCAGCUAAAAUUGAAAUAAAAUCUUUGUAGAUUUAAAUUAUUCUUGCAAACAGUCAUCAAUAUGCAAAGUUUAUCAUUUAUUUUUUAAAUUUGAUUACUUAUAGGAAAUGCAGUCCCAGUAUAUUUAAACAGGACAUGAUCUGGGAUAUCUUGUAAAAUAGCAGCAGCAUUGUCAUAGGUCUUGUUUCAAAGUCAUGCCUAACAGUUUCAUGACAUACCUCUCCUAGUUGUAAAUGGGAUAAGAACUUGAAA